AUGGCGUCCGAAGACCACACCUACCACCCCAAGGAUGCCAUUUCCGCCACCGUUAGGACGACGAUGAUCACAGGCGCGGCCGGCACCAUCGUUUCCGGCAUACAAAACACCCUCACGAAGCAGAAUGUCGGCGCCAUGGGCGUCCUCACGCGCACGGGAGGCACAAUCGCCGUGUUCGCUGCGAUGGGCGGUGCGUACGAGUUUGCAAAGGACGCCGCGGCCAACCUUCGGGAGAAGGACGACAGCUGGAACAAAGCCAUUGGAGGCUUCUUCGGCGGCUCAAUGCUCGGCCUCAGAGCCCGGACACUACCAUCAACACUCGGAUACGGGGCUGCACUUGCGGUUAUACUAGGUGCAUUUGACUAUACCGGCGGCAUGCUGUCAGGAUACACCAGGGACCCGACAGUGGAUGAAGUGAGCAGGAAGGAGUACCUAAGGAAGAACCGAAGGAGACCAAUUGAGCAGACCGUGGCUGAGUUGGGAGAGGGCCGAGGAGUAUAUGCGCCGGGUUAUGAGGAGAGAAGACGGGAGAGGAUAAAGCAGAAUCUAGGCAUCGAUGUGUCGGGGGUUCCGUCCGCCCACUAA